UCCGUAGCCGCUAUUUAGCCCUCGGAGGGCGAACUAGCUUAAACGUUGAGCGACAAACGACGCGUCUCGCAUGUUGAGUUGCACCCGACGCAGAAGUUCAGCAUCUUAGAGUCAAUUUCGGCAUAAAUGUUGCUCCAGCGAGAGGCACGGCUUUGUAAUAAAGGGGUCACAGACCGGAUGCCACCUCCCGCCGUCGCCCUCGGCAGGCUCAAGGUUGUUUUCGGCUGAGUGACAGCGUGAGACAGGGUGGUGCAAAGCGCCAGGAGCCAGGAGCCACAAGGCCCUCUGAACAUUUGCUGUUGGUGCCCUGUACUACUUCAUAUAAAGUCCCGUCGAGGGUUUUAAUCUAUGGAAAUGUGUCCUAAUUUAUGAUCUUAUUUCGCUAAGUAUCAAAUCUUUGUGCGCAGAGUAUGUGAUCUAGUAAAUUCAGCCAUUGGAUAAACCUCUAAACAAAAUGUAUAAUAUCUGUGUUGGAGAGUUAAAACAAUGAAGUCCUCCAAAGUGAAAAUAAUCAGGAGGAUAAUACUGAACAAUCCCAAGAAGAGGAAUGCUCUGUCCUUGUCCAUGCUGGAGUCCCUCAGAGAGAACAUCGUGACUGAUGUAGCCAGCGAAGAUCUCAGAGUUAUCAUCAUAUCAGCCGAAGGUCCAGUGUUUUCCUCCGGACACGACCUGAAGGAGCUGACGUCGGCUCAGGGCAGAGAAUAUCACACAAAGGUGUUUCACACCUGUGCAGAGGUCAUGACUCUGAUACAGGACGUGCCCGUUCCGGUGAUCGCCAUGGUGAACGGUGUCGCCACGGCGGCCGGUUGCCAGCUCGUCGCCAGCUGUGACAUUGCCGUGGCGACGGAGAAGUCCACCUUCGCCACUCCGGGUGUCAACGUGGGUCUGUUCUGCUCGACGCCGGCGGUGGCCAUCGGCAGAGCUGUGCCGAGGAAGGUUGCCAUGGAGAUGCUGUUCACAGGAACUCCCAUCUCAGCCCAUGAGGCUCUGCUUCACGGUUUGGUCAGUAAGGUGGUGCCAGAAGAGCGACUGGAGGAGGAGACAUUGGCCAUUGCCCGGCGGGUGUGUCAGGCUAGCCGGCCUGUCGUCGCCCUCGGCAAAGCCACUUUCCAAAGACAAAUGGCUCAAGGCCGAGACGCAGCUUACGCCACCGCCUCCAAAGUGAUGGUCGACAACCUGGCUCUGAGAGACGGACAGGAGGGGAUCCGGGCCUUCCUGGAGAAACGCAAGCCAGUCUGGAGCCACAAAGCAGAAAACGCCCACGACUGAUGGCGCGCUGGACAGAUCGCUUCAGUGAUGGAGUUAUUAUCCCAACUCAUGGUACUCAUGGUUUCAACUCGCUGGUGUGGAAUAAUUAGCACCAGCCCCGAGUCAAUGGUAGAGCUACGCGACCGUUAAAAUGUAGACGUGUAAUUUGCAAGAUGACAAGGAUUGACGUCUGAAUUGUCGACUUCAUCUUCCCUGAGGAUUUCCUCAUUGUUGCUGAGACUCCAGACAAGUAGCUGAACCACCGUGUGCCUUAAAAGCCGCAUUGUGGAGAUGACAGGGAAAUAGGCUGUAAUCAUCCAGAGGACUCAGGAUGAUUGACGACAUAAUGGACCCAUAAAGCUAAAUAAUGCUGCUCUAUGUACAGUAUUUGUCUAAUGUUAAAUGAAAUAAAUAGGCUUACAAAUUGGCAGGAGUUUGUUUGAUCGUCCAGGGUUCCGGAAAUAAAAGUCUACGUAUUUUUCUGCGUAUACAAUGUCAGGUGACUGUCAGUUUGGGCUCUUCGGAAGGGUUUGGAUGGACAUGAAAAUCGUCUGUUUGGAUCCUCAGCACAAAAGAUAAACAACUGUCUUAGAGAACAUUUGGUUCUUUGAUCAAUCUCAAAGGUACAAGCAAGCACAAAGUAAGGAGAAACAUUAACUACAACUCCCAAGGUGCAUUUCAUCAUUACACAUCCAACCACUGAGUUAAAAAAAAUGUGGGGAAACAGAAAAAUUAUUAUUAAAUUUUGAAUGAAUUGUC